UUAUCCAAUCGUUACUUGAGGUUACAGUAACUGUUUCUACACGUCCAAUUCUGUUGGAAUAAACAAUCUCCAUUAAGUGAGUAGUAAUUCGAACUGGCGUUCAUUUUUAAAGUAUAUUCACUUUCUACGCGGAUAUUUUUAGGAAAAUCUUUAGGGAAAAUGGUUUCUACGAAUAUCGGGUUACCUAAGCUUCCAUUACUUGUAAUUUGUGGUCCAUCUGGAUGUGGGAAAUCUACUCUUCUUGAUAUGCUUUUUAAGCGGUAUCCAGAUAAAUUUGGAUUCUCUGUUUCACAUACUACAAGAAAGCCAAGAGAAGGUGAGAAAUCUGGCCAUCAUUAUCACUUUACAACACCAGAAUCCAUUAAUGAAGCAAUUGCUAAUGGCGAGUUUUUAGAAACAGCUACAUACUCUGGUAAUAUUUAUGGUACUAGCAUUAAAGCUGUUGAAACUGUUAGCAAUGCUGGAAAGGUUUGUGUGCUGGACAUAGAAAUGGAAGGUGUGAAACAAGUUAAACAGAAACCGGGACUCGAUUUGAUUUUGGUAUUCAUAAAACCUCCUUCGAUACAAACACUAGAAUCUAGAUUGAGAUCCAGAGGUACUGAAACUGAAGAGAGUCUCAAGAGAAGAUUAAGUGUUUGCAAGGAGGAAAUCAAAUAUGGAGAAGAUGGAAAUUUUGAUAUAGUCAUUGUUAAUGAAAACUUAGCUGCUGCUUAUGGAUGUUUAGAAGAUUUUUUGAUUGACGAACUUUUGAAAAGAAAUAUAGAUUUAGAGCAACCAUCAGUAAAUUGAAGUGUGAAACUAAUACUUAUAUUCUUUCUCUGUUGGAAAUAAUAUUUGUUCAAAAAUUAAUUCAAUUAGGUUUAAAAAAGGAAGUAAUAUGUAUGUAGAAAUGCAUAUUUUCUGGUGUGAAGUCUAUCUACAUAGGUUUGUAUAUUUCAGUAUAUAGGUAGUAAAUAAUGUGUAGAUUAAGGUAAUCAACUAACUGAUUGAAUAUUAAAAAACUUAUUCCAUCAAAUCUUAACUGUCGUAGGCAUUUAUAUUGGUUAAGACUUAUUGAUAACCAUAAUUUCCUUUAAAAAAUCAUUUUCAAAAUAAACUAUAUCUUUGAUAAAUACAUAUCAUAAUUUACAUGGUAAAAAUUCACAUAUGUGUACUGUACUUCGUCAAUAUGAACACCAAAAAAUACUAAAAUAAGGGAGUCUUAACAAUUUUUAUAUACAUGUACUAGUCUGAAAUCAUGCUACUUUCACUGGUAUUCUUGAAGUGUUUUAUUUAUAAUACAUUGCUAAUUUAGGGAAAAGAAAUGUUUAAUUUUUAUUUAGUAUUCUUAUCUAUUGUUAUGUUAUUUUUGUAUUUACCUUAUAAUUUUAUAUACCUCUAACUUUAAGUUGUCAUUUAUUGAAGUUUUGAAACUUUUAAAUGUAUUUACUUAGGAACAUGCAAAAUGAUUGUACACAAAUCAUUGCCGCUCAUUUCUGCAAAAACCUUUUUUUUUUUUUUCAGCUUGCUUCAAAGAAGCAUGAAUAAAUUACUAUCCCUCCCUUUAUUGCACUUUUCAUUUAGGUUUUAUUUACCAGUAAUUUUUUGAGUUUUGUAAUUAUAAUGUAUUUUCAUUUUAAAAUAGCUGGCUAAAUAACAAAAUAUAACUUUAAAAUUUAUAUUUAUUUUAAUAAUUUAUGCAGUAGUAAUUUAAUUUGCUGGGAAUAGGAUAUGUCUUACAAUAUAUUCCUAAAGUUAAACUUAUUAUUAUUCAUUUGUAAC